AUGUCUCUCUUCUCAUCGUGGAUCAAAGCUAUUUUCAUCAUUGCCUUGGCAUUUCCUCUUUAUUCUGAAACUACUUUGGCACCUAUGCCAGAAGCCAGAAGUAUGCCACAAUGUAAACCAUAUUCAGAUGAGCAAGAUUAUUGCACCAGAGAAUGGGAUCCAAUCUGUGCGAACAAUGGAAAAACUUAUGGAAAUACAUGUGCUUUCUGCAGGGAAAAGAAGAAAAAUGGUGACAAAUUUGAUUUUGUGCAUUUUGGUUACUGUUGA